GCGCCCUCAUCUCUCUACGGUUACCGAUUGUGACACAGUGUCUGCUGGUAUAAAACGCAAGGGCCACUCCUAUCAGGGCUGCACUUGUAUGUCUGGAGACCACUCCAACGCUCUGCAGCGAAUAAAGGGAGGAGGCUCCGGCUGGGAUCCGCGUACGAGAGACAGAGGGGGGGAAAGAGAGACAACCAGAGGAGAGGAUGGCAACCCUUGUAGAAUCUGCAGACAUGGAGACUUUAGGCGGCCAAAGCAACACCGGGGCAUCUCUGGCAUCGUCAAGCCCCUCGCAGCACUUUAAUGACAGCAAAUUUUACCUGCUGGUUGUUAUCGGGGAGAUCGUAACGGAUGAGCAUCUGAAGUGUGCCAUUGCGGACAUAGAGAAAGGGAUUCGCUCAUGGGACGCCAACCUAAUUGACUGCAACCUGGACCAGGAGCUCAAGCUGUUUGUCUCCAGACACUCGGCUCGCUUCUCUGCAGAUGUCAGAGGCCAGAGAAUUCUUCACCACAAAAGUAAUAUCCUGGAGACAGUAGUGCUAAUCAACCCUUCAGAUGAAGCUGUCAGUACUGAGGUGCGUUUAAUGAUCUCAGACACUGCCAGACACAAACUCUUGGUCCUGUCAGGACAAUGCUCUGAAAACACCGGCGAGUUGAUUCUUCAGUCUGGAUCUUUCUCAUUUUUCAAUUUCAUAGACAUAUUCACUGACCAAGAGAUUGGUGAAUUGCUCAGCACCAUUCACCCAGCAAACAAAGCCAACCUCACUCUCUCCUGCCCCGAACAAGGUGACUGGAAAAAUUCCAACUUGGACAAACAUAAUCUGCAGGACUUCAUUAACAUGAAACUAAACUCCACUCUCAUCCUCCCUGAAAUGGAGGGCCUCUCGGAGUUCACAGAGUAUUUAUCUGAAUCGGUAGAGAUCCCAACUCCUUUUGACAUCUUAGAACCACCAACCUCAGGUGGAUUCCUCAAGCUCUCCAAACCAUGCUGCUACAUUUUCCCUGGAGGUCGUGGCGACUCUGCUCUCUUUGCUGUCAACGGCUUCAACAUGCUCAUCAAUGGAGGUUCAGACAGGAAGUCAUGUUUCUGGAAGCUGGUGAGACAUCUAGACCGGGUAGACUCCAUCCUCCUGACCCACAUUGGUGACGACAAUCUUCCAGGUAUCAAUAGCAUGCUGCAGAGGAAGAUCGCAGAGCUCGAGGAGGAACAGUCUCAAGGUUCGACAGCUAACAGCGACUGGGUGAAGAACAUGAUUUCUCCAGAUAUUGGCAUUGUGUUUGUGAAUCUUCCAGAAAAUCUGGAUAACCCUGAACCUAAUUACAGAGUGCGCAGAAAUCUUGAGGAAGCCGCUUUCACUCAGCAGUUUCUUACUAAGCUAAAUUUAAGGACUGAGCCUUUGCAUAGAUCUGUAGGAAACACUAUAGAACCAAUCAUACUUUUUCAGAAAAUGGGUGUAGGGAAGCUUGAGAUGUACGUGCUUAAUCCAUCAAAGAACAGCAAGGAGAUGCAGCACUUCAUGAAGCAGUGGACAGGAAGUGAAAAAGACACCACUUCCAUCCUGCUUCCAAACGGAAAAGAAUCUGAGUUCCCUCUCUCUCACAUGAUUUCUAUUGCUUCACUCAUUGUGUGGCAUCCUGCAAAUCCCUCAGACAAGGUUGUGCGUGUUCUCUUUCCUGGAAAUGCCACCCAGCAUCACAUUUUUGAAGGCCUAGAAAAGCUUAAGCACCUGGACUUCUUGAAACAGCCAGUUUUUACUCAAAAAACGAUGUUUUCUAACAUGCCGUCAACACCAACACUGAAGCAAGCCAAGAUGAAACACAGAACAGACAGCAAAGAGAGCCUAAGGUCUACCCCAAAGCCUUCACCAACCAAAAACAUCAGGAAGGAGUCGACUGAGGAACCACCAGAAAAGGCAAAGACAGAUGCAGAAUCAUCUCAAGAAAAAACACAAAAGACAGAGAAAAAAGAAAAGGUCCCACUGAAAAAGGCAAAAGCACCUGAGAAAGAAUCAAAAGCAAAGGCAGAACAAACAAGCCAAAAUGAAACCCCAGAAAAAAAGAAACUCAAAACUGAAAAGGAGAAGACUGUUAAAAAGGAGGCCAAAGUUUCUGUGGAAAAGAAAAAGGAGGUUAAAAAAGAAGCAGCAAAAAAAGAUGACACCCCCAAACAAGAAAUCAUAAAGAAAGGUAUAAAAAGGGAUGUCAGAAGAGACUCACCUAUGAAGGAGAAGAAAGAGGAAAAGAAAGAGCAAAAGAAAGAUGUCAAAAGGCCAUCAAAAGAAAUUAAAAAGACAUCCACUGCAGGUGAAGAAAAGACUCUCAAACCAAAGCCUCUGAAAAAGGACGAUGCCUCAAAGAAAGACUCAGGAGGUCCAUCAAAGUUAAAGGAAAAAGGAAAGGCAAAGGUGACAAAGAAGGAGACAAAAGAGGAUGCCAGCAAACAGGAAGCUAGUGCUGCUCCAGUGGCAGCGGAUCCAGAAGAAGAAAGAUCUCUGAUGUCCUCACCAGAGGACCUCACUAAGGACUUUGAAGAGCUCAGAGCUGAAGAGUUGAUGGAGGAUGAUGCAACAGUUAAACAAAAUGUGGAACAGGAGACCGUGAUGAUACACCAUGAAGAAGUGAUUCAAACCAAAGAAUCACCUGAGGCAUUAGAGUCUGUUGAUGAGGGUAUAACCACAACAGAGGUGGAAGGAGACAACGGAGAGACUCCAGACGAACAAGUACUUAAGGGAAAAAUCAACGGCAGCGUAUCAGAGAAGUUUGAAGAUGAGGGCACUGUCAUGGAGGAGACAUCUGAGGGAGCUGAUUAUGAAGAGAAAGGAGAUACUGAAGAAAUAUAUGAACCACAGAGAGUGGAAUUGGAUAAAACUAAUCUUCCUCCCUGUGCCGAACAACACCAAGACAAACAUGCUGAACUGAAACAAGAAGAGGGUGCUGAAAACAACGACGUGGCAAAUAAAAAUGUAGAAAAUGAGCUUAUUUGUCAAAAAGGAACAGAAAAACAAAAUCUGUUUGUAUCAGCAUCACCUAAAGUGUCCUCACCAGUGUCUCCAGCUGCAUCUAUCCAUGAUGAAAUGGUUCCAGUUGGCUUUGAGAGCUCAACAGCCUCUGAUGAAGAGAACAGAGACGAACCUCCUGAAGAUUACACUGUCACAUCUGGCCACACUCAGUCCACCAUUGAAAUCUCUAGUGUGCCUACUCCGAUGGAUGAGAUGUUGACUCCCAGGGACAUUAUGAGUGAUGAAGCCACCAAUGAUGAGAACGAGUCUCCAUUACAGGAUGCUGGCAGGUUUGGGACAUCAGCAUCUGACAGACAGUCUGACAGAAAGAACCUCUCUCUACUUCAGGAUUCUCAGAGCGAUGCCACGGAAGGUCAGGACUACAACCAUUCUGCUUCUACAAUAUCUCCCCCUUCAUCUCUAGAAGAAGAUAAAUUCUCUAAGGAGUUUCUCUCUGCAGGGAAAGCUGAAAGUUUUUCCACAGCUCAAUAUGAUGUUGACUCAACUAAACUCAGUUCAGUAUCCACAACAGUACCACUUGUGCGAUCCCCCUCAGUGGACCACAAGGAUAUAUCUGAUUCGCCAUCAGUGUUUGUUACUGCAAUAGAACUGUCCACCACAUUGACAGGGUACACCAGAGCAACAGCAGAUUCCUCCAUUAGCCCAGAUGAUAAGACAUUAGAAGGUGCUAAUUCACCCCAGUCAUCUGGUCACACUCCUUACUAUCAGUCACCAGUAGAUGAAAAAGUGGGAGCUCUCCCGACUGCAUCGGAAGAAAGGCAAGAACAGGGUCCAGUAAUUGUGGAGGUCACAAGUGAUAAAGAAGAUUCCUCCAACAGAGUUACCCCAGAGCCUCAUGAGCAGGCAUUAGAAAGUUCCUCCCCAGGAGAGAAGGUAGUGUCCUCACCAAAGAGCUCGCCAUCACCCGAACCUGAUUCCCCAACAAAGAAGGAAAAAUCCCUCUUUGAUAUGGAUCCUAAAAAAGCUGGAGAAAACAUCCAUUCAGCCUUGUCUUCAGCACCACUGACAAAACAUGAAUCAGACAUCAACCAUUUCAUAGCUUUCAAAGAAGAGAGUAAAAUGUCCAUUUCAGAAGGCACUACAUCAGACAAGUCUGGAACUCCUCUGGAGGAAGUGGUAGCAGAGGACACAUUUUCACAUUUAGCGUCAGCAUCCACUGCUUCCUUGGCCACCAGCUCCUUGCCAGAACCAACCACUGACUCUCCUUCCCUUCAUGCUGAAGUGGGCUCUCCUCACUCAACGGAAGUAGAUGACUCUUUGUCCGUCUCUGUGGUUCAGACCCCAACCACUUUCCAUGAGGCUGAAGGAUCUCCAACUAAGGAUGAUAGCCCAAGGCCUAUGUCAAUCUCCCCAGACAUCUCUCCCAAAACAAAAAGCAGGACAAAUACACAGGAUACAAAAUCCCCAGAGCACUCUACCAUGUCUAUAGAGUUUGGUCAGGAAUCCCCUGACCAUUCCUUAGCCCUGGACUUUAGUAAGCAGUCCCCAGAGCACCCGUCAGUGGGCAGCAGCUCACGUGCUACAGAAAAUGGCCCAACUGAGGUUGACUACAGCCCUUCAGAUGGAAUGGAUGUAAGAGCAUCUGGAGAUACAAUCUCUGCAGUGGAAAAUUCUUCACUUUUUGAAGAGAAUGAUUCAGUUCGUGCCACUUCUGCAACCCCGUCAGAUGCAUCUCAGUCCACUCCCUCUGCAACAACCCCAUGCCAAAUGACAGAGAUGACGCGUGCUGUGGUUGAGCAAACAGAUAAGUCUCCAAUCACCCCCAAAGCAAGCUCUCUCACCCAUUCCCCCCAUUCCAAUGAACCAUCCCCUGUGCUGGGAGGUCCACCAGAUAAAGAACGUACCAGCCCCAUUUCACCACCUGUGGAGGAUAUAGUUAAUAAAUAUGACACUUACCAGAAAUAUGACAAGUCGCCCUCACCUCCUAAAGCUACUUCCCCAUCCUCUUUCUUUGCCCUUUCAAAAGAAGAGACACUUUUCCAGGCAAAGGAGACAAAUCCAUUUAAAUGUGGGGAUUCUACACUUGAGAAAAAAUCCCCUGUGAGUCCUAAACUACCUUCCCCAUCACAUCUACCACUUUCCUCUGAUCAGUAUAAUUCUGCCUGUGGCUCCAAGGACCCAGACUACACUAAGAGGAGUCCCUGUGCUCCAUCUAAGACAGAUGUCGACCUCUGCCUAGUUACUUCAUGUGAGUACCGUCACCCCAAAACAGAACUCUCCCCAUCUUUCAUCAACCCUAACCCCCUGGAAUAUUUCAUCAAUGAAGAGAAUGCCUUGGAUGAGGAGAAGCCUCUGGCCAAGUCAGGAGGGGGGCCUCCACCACCAGGAGGUAAGCUCUCCACCAGACAAUGUGAGGAGACCCCACCAACAUCCAUUAGUGAAUCUGCUCCCUCCCAGACAGAUUCAGAUGUUCCACCAGGGACAGAAGAGUGCCCGUCCAUUACAGCAGAUGCAAACAUUGACUCCGAAGAUGACUCUGAGACUCUGCCUACUGACAGAACCCUCACCUAUAGGCAUGCUGAUCCUCCUCCGGUUGCACUCAGGGACCCCGCUCCAUCUUCAGGUCACCAUGAUGUUUGCAUGGUGGACCCAGAGGCCCUCAAGGCUGAAGAAAACCUUCACAAUGCAAACACAGAAGGAGGAGAGAAGUCCAACAAGAAAAAACUUUUAAAAAAAUCUUCAUCACCAUCUAGAAAGAGUGGUCUAUCAAAAGUGAAAGACGCAAAGACAGCCUCUCCAAAGAAGGGUGUCGGAGAAGGGAAAGAUGCCAAAAAUGCAACGAAUACCUCUGCCUCCAGAGGUGUAAAAAGCACCACAUCAGGUACAGGAAGUGGAAAGGUAUCAAACUGUCCUCCUAUGUACAUGGACUUGGUUUACAUCCCCAAUCACUGCAGUGCUAAAAAUGUGGAUGCUGAGUUCUUUAAGUGUGUGCGGUCUUCUUACUAUGUAGUCAGUGGCAAUGACCAGACAGCUCAGGAACCCAGUCGGGCUGUUCUUGAUGCUUUGCUGGAAGGAAAAGCCCAGUGGGGAAACAAUAUGCAAGUCACGCUUAUUCCAACCCAUGACACCGAUGUGAUGAGAGAGUGGUACCAGGAGACUCACGACAAGCAACAGGAGCUGAACAUCAUGGUACUGGCCAGCAGCAGCACUGUCGUCAUGCAGGACGAAUCCUUCCCAGCUUGUAAGAUAGAAAUGUAGGCCUCUUCCUUGAGAGAUCAAGAAGGGUCCCAAUUUUAAGCAAGAAAACCAAUCCAUGUAGCAUAAAGCCUAAGCAAACACUUAACACAGAAUGAAAUAAAUAUCUGCAAUGAGGACUUACUAACACUAACACGGAUUAGCUCUGAAGGAGUUCACGCUAAGGGUGAUGUUUCAUGUAGAUGGAAUACUGGGGAGAUAAGAAACCAAAUAAACCAGCCAAGCUAUGAUUGUCCAGUUAUGCUGAGUCUGGUGAAGUUCAAAAAAUGAUGUUGUUGAUGUAUUGAGUUUCAUCUGCAUCCCCGCAUCAUAUAUAAGAAUGCUUUCAAUCAGCUUGACCACUUUCAACAAACACAACUACUUUACAUCUGUUAUGUUUUGAGAAAAAAAAAAUGUCUGUUAUCCACACCAAAGGAUAAAAAGAACACGUUUUCUGUUACUGCCUUAGGGAAUCAAAGUGAAUGUACUGUAUGAGAAGCGGCACAGAUCUUGAGACAGGUGGAUAGGUGGCUCUGAGCAACAAAAGUCAAUCCCAAGAAUGACAGUUAAAUGGUUAUAGAGCUGAAUAAUGGCAAAUAGGAUUUAACUUGAAGGGACACUAACAGUGAUUGACACUGUGAUGUCUAAUUUAUCUUAUUCAUCACGGGCAAGUUGGAUUGCCCCGCUAUUAUAAAACCGUUGCUUCUGUUUCUGAGCUGAGUUUUAAUUAAUUUAUUUAUUUCAAAAGUGUCUGUUUUUGUCUGGUUUACGCUGUUGCCCGUGUAUGAAUGAUACAUUAUUAUGUCCAAUUUCAGUUAUUAUGCUUGAUUAUCCGGGCAGCCUUUUACACUGUGCAACAGGAAGUUGCUUCGUAAUACUUUCCCCUGUCUUUGUCACAUCUGCGAAACCUAUAAAGAAGAAUGCCUUUUAUUUCUGCUUUUCGAUUUAUUUACAGAAUUUAGGUUAUUUCUAGAAGCAAAUAUCUGAUCUUAUGUCUUAUAAAUGUUUUGUAUGUAAUCAAUGCGCAACGGGGGGAGCUAGCCUUUUCCCACUGGAAAGCUGGUGAAGCAGGAUAUUUUCAUAAAUCCUAAAAUGUCUUGUUUUUCUAAAGCGUUGUACUAUAAUUAUAAAUAGCUUUGUGGCAGAUGAAGUGGCUGGAAGACAUGCAUGAGUUAUGAUAAAUUAGUACUUUGUUCUUUUCUUUUUUUUUUUUUUUCCAUGGGGAUUUUGCUCAAAUUUGCUUUAAGAACAACAGGGCUAUGUAGGCUAAACAAACACAUUUGAGGAGCAUUGUAUGGUUUUUGCAAAUUGUGCCAUGACGUAUGUAUACUACACUAACUCCAAGGGAUUGCCAGUGGCACAGUGUUAUUAUAAACAUGAUACUGAAUGCAGCACAUUGUAGAUUUUUAGGUUGACAUCAGCAUAUGAAGGGUAAAAAAAAAUGAACCAUACAUGAAAAUGGAAUCGGCUUCUAGUAGAAGCUUUUUCUUGAGGAGGGGCAGCGCACAGAGGUGAAAAUGAGUGACUUGUGUGUUUCAGAUGAAAGUAUGUAAAACAAAAACUAGACACUUUAAACACAAACAUGACACAUACCAAACUAACACUACAGAAGCAGAUUCAUUUUACCUGGUCAGCUUCUGAAGAAACAUUUACCAAUUCACAACAGGCUUUGAGAUUUGAGAUCAGUCAACACACCAACCUCACAAGAUAUUAGUCAAGUGAUGCCAGGUGUUCAUGAUACGACUAUAGACCAGUUUUCCUGCAGGAGAACCUCAAGCUAACACCACAACCUUACUGUCAAGCAAACAGCAACCUACAAACUUUGAACUGACAUUUCUCUUUUCUCUCUCUUCUUUCUCUACACUUUCUCUUUUUCUCUCUCUGUCUCUUUAUCUGCCUUUUCUCCUUAUCUUUCUCUUGGGAGAACUUUAAUAAUGUUUGUCUGCAGCUGUGUGGUAUAUUUGUCUUGUGAUCUUUGCAUUCUCUCUGCCCCUUUUCCCAAACUCAUGUGUAACCUAUAGGAAUUAGUUUCAAGUGAAAAUACUCCUUAGUGCUUUCUGAUGUUUGUGUGCAAUAUUUCCUCUACCCAUACGGCAAAUCCAAUGUAAGAGGAACCACUACUAAAGAACAAACAUUAAAAAAACAACCACAAUAAAAUCUGUCGAAAAAAAUUAA